CUACUAUUAUCAAAAGCUUCAUUCUUUUUUAUAUACGCUAUUCUAUUUUUAUAUACAAUAUUCAGCCUCAUGUAUCCGGAUAUAUACCCUACCCUACCCGUCAGAUCGUCGCCGGGUAUAUACCCUACCCGUGAGCUUCACGGAUACUACCCGGAUAUGUAUCCGCCGAACACUGACAACACCACGCGCGCCAUUGCGCGGCAGCAGAUAUGUAGACGGCUUGGUGCAGCCGCAGACAGGGCGCUCACACGACCCCUCUCAACAACCACGCCCCUCCUCACCUCCCCCCCCACAACCUGGACCUCCCCCUACCCCUCCUCCACCGACUUCCGCUCCGACGUCGUCACCAGCCCCACCGCCUCCAUGCUGCACGCCAUCGGCAGCGCAACCCUCCUCGACGACGUCUUCUGUGAGGACCCCUCCACCAUCUCCCUCGAGACCCGCGUCGCCUCCCUCACCGGCCACAAUCCGCUCUCCUCGUCCUCUCCGGCACAAUGGGUAACCAGCUCGCCCUGCGCGCUCUCCUGACCCAGCCGCCGCACGCGGUGUUGUGCGACGAUCGCGCGCAUAUACUGGAGUGGGAGGCGGGGGGUGUGGCGAGUUUAAGCGGUGCGCUUGUGCAGGGGGUUGUGGCGGGGAAUGGGAGAUACUUGACGCUGGAGGAUGUGCAGAGGAAAGCCGUUGUGGUCGCGAGAGCAUUUCGCGGAAUUGUUGGCGUUGAUGGUUGAGGGAGGAGGGGCGACAAGGUGAGGCUGGCAGAAUUGGCGGUCAGAGUGGGGGAUGGUGGUGCGUUUGGUUUGGCGGCGGCGGGCGGGUUUGGACAUUUUUUUCAGGUACGGAAGGGGGGGUAAGAUAAGGUUAUAAAAGAAUCCAAGGUGGUAAAAAGGCGGGUUUUAACUUUGUUUUGCUUUUGGGAGUUUGUUCAGUCGCUGAACUCCAUCGCUCCUUACAGAGGCAUGCGGGGUGCCUAUCUCGCUGCCUUGCCACAUAUUGAAGGGUAAAUAUGAGAUGAACCUACCGUAAGUUGAUCCCCGGCCUGCAGUCAGCCAGCAAUAUAUAGCUCAGACAAAUUCUCAUAUAUGUGGGAUGUAAGCUCCCGAUAUCAGAUCGUAUUUAGCCCUUGUGCUUCCUCGGCGA